AAAGAUUUAAAUGAGUUAAAAAGUUCAAAGUACUGCCCGAGCAGGUCCAACAAUGACUCGAAAAUUAAUGUCAGGAAAUACUAACAAAUUAAAUAGUGUAGCGAAAUCGCGUGUAUAAAAUUCCAAACUAAAAUCAACUACAUCUGAAAGAGAUAAUGAAUAUGUAAAAGAAGGAAGUAUAUAUGUUACACCGAAAAUAUUGAUUACUAAAAAAAUGAAAGAUUUGGCUAAAGAAUUUUAAAAUUUUGAAUAAGAAUUAGCUUAAAAAUAAAAAAAAGCCAAAUAAUCUUUUAAACCAUAAGUUUCAAUAAUGGAAUAAUCAUCAAGUGUAAUGUAAAGUGUGGAAAAAAAUUCUGAAAGUGAAGAAAAAGAAAGUAGUUCAAAUAUAAAAGAAUCUUCUAUGAUGGAAAGUAGUAGAAGAUCUGAAUAAUAUUCAGAAUCAGAAGAAGAUAAUAAAGCAAGAGAAGAAAAAGAAAAAAAAGUUAAAAAAGCCAAAUAAAUUAGUGAAAAUUAAAAAGAAGUUGAUAUACUUAUCAAUUUAUAAGAAUCAGAAACUGAAAUUUUAUUAUUUAUUCCUUCAUGCUUAAUUCCUAAUGUAUUAAGUGCUUAAAAUGAAACAACCGAAAAGAUGAAUUAAAGAAAUUAAAAAUACGAUUAACAUUGUUAAGAUAUAGUUGGUAGUGAUAAUUUUACUAAAAGAUCUGCUCAAACAUUUAAAUAUGCUCCCAAAUUAUAAACUUAAUAAUCUAAUAGGAUUGAAAAGUCCGAGAAAGGAGUUUUUGCAGCUGUUUGGGACAUAUAUGAUGCUUAAUAAUAAGAAUAAUUAAACGAAUUUGAAUUAUUAUAACAAGAAAUAUUAAAAAAUAUUGAACUUGAAUAUAAAAAAAGUGUAAAAAAUCCUUUUUGUCUGCUUCCUCUUGAUGUAUAAUCUAUUUAAUUACACUCCAGAGCCGAAGUUCCAGGAGCUUAGCUGUUAUUAUUAGAAAAAAAUCAAGUCAAAGGUAAUAGACUAGGAUUAACUUAAUCUGUUAAUAAUAAUUCAGCUGCUAAUGCUCUUUCAGAUGAUACAAAUCCUAGAGAAUCUUCAUCUAGAUUAGCUGAUUUAUCAGGUACUAAAAUGAAAAGAUAGUUUGAAACUCAUAGUUUCGCAACUAAAACAUAUGGAGCAGGUACUAUUAGCAAAGCUUAGCAUGAAAUUUUAAUAAGAUAACAUUAGUAAUCGAUAGCCUAAUUAGAAGAAGAAGAAGCUGAAAUGAUUAAAUAAAGAGUAGAAGAAGCUAAAAAAUAGCCUAAUGAUGAUGAGUAAAAAAUAAUGACAACUGAUUGUUUGGGGACAUAUUUGAAAUAUGUAGAUAGGAUAUUGAAUUAAAAUACAUACCAUAAAUAAUAUAUUUUAUAUAGAAAUUAUCCUGAAGUAAAAUUCUAUAAAAGGGUUGACGAUGAAAUAAAUAAGAAAUUCGGGUAAAUGUUAUUCACGAAAAAAUAAAAAGAAAAGGAUGGAGAAGAUGAAGAAUAAAAUUAAAAAAAAAAAGAUACUUUAGAAUACUUAUUUAAAUUUUCAUGCGAAUAAUCAAGAGAUAGAACUAUUUCGUGCGCUGAUUGGAAUCCUAUUAAUAAAGAUCUCUUAGCUACCACUUAUGGAGAAUUAGAUCUUAAUAUUAAUAAUAAUGGACUAGUUAUGUUCUGGACUCUCAAAAAUCCUUCAUAUCCAGAAAGAAUUAUUAAAACAAAUUCAAAAUUAACCUGCUGUAAAUUUUCUGAUUAAAAUCCUAAUUUAUUAGCUACAGGAAGCUAUGAUGGUAUAGUAUCAAUAUACGAUAUAAGAAAACAUGGAAACCAACCAGUAGCUACAAAUCGGGAAACAGAAGGAAAACACAGUGAUGCUAUAUGGGAAUUAAGUUGGAUUGGAAAAGGUAAUAAAGGCUCCGAAAAGGGAGAAUCUUUGGUCAGUAUAAGUUCAGAUGGGCGUAUUGUGGAAUGGAACAUGAAAAAAGAACUUGAAAAUCUAGAAUUAAUGGGCUUAAAAAAAGCCUAGAACCCUGCCAGUAAGGAAUAGUCGAAUGAAGGCACUAAUUUUAGACAAGCUUCUGGUUUUUCUAUAGAUUUUAUUAAAGGAGAGUAUUCUACUUAUUUAGCAGCUACUGAUGAUGGAGCUAUUCAUAGAUGUUCUAAAAAUUAUUCAGAGUAAUAUUUGGAAAGCUAUUUUGCACAUACUGGGCCAGUAUAUAAAGUUAGAUUUAAUCCGUUUUGGUCUGAUAUUUUCUUGAGUUGUUCAGCUGAUUGGAGUUGUAAAUUGUGGAAUAUUAAAGAAGAAUUACCUAUAAGCACAUUUUAAUCAUUAGAUUUAUUUAAUGAAGUUUUAGACGUUGAAUGGAGUCCAAAUUGUUCGACUUUAUUUGCUAGUGUAGCUAAGGAUGGAAGAAUGGAAUUGUGGGAUAUAGCUAAAAACAAUAUGCUUGAUCCUUGCGCAGUUAUCAAGGAUAAUAAAGAAAAUGAAAAUUCAGCACCUAAAACUAUUGUUAGAUUUGGUUCAGGAGCGCCUGUUAUUAUUACAGGAGAUACUGUUGGAGAUCUUAAUGUAUAUAGACUUCAUGGUAUUAUUUAUUGA